AUGCGGUCGGUUCCAGUGGAAGAGACAACCUUCUGUGAUUCCAUGUGGGCAUGUCUCUUGAAUGAUUACGGAGAUGAGGACCAAAGCCUUCGGACUGAAGUCCAACCACGCGACAGUAGACAUCGUGAACGCAGCGACGGAAGACAACGGCGAUCUUCAUCUAGGUCUGUCAAGGGAAGAGGAAGACGAUCCUCCUCUAGAUCUGUGUCUAAAACUAGAUCCCGGUCGAAGAGCCGUGCCGAGAGCAGAGAUGGCCAUCGUCGCUCGUCUCGCAGACGAGGUUCCAGUGCCCAAAGCCGAGUGAGCAACCAAAGCAAGAAUCGACGUCGCGAAAGCUUCAUCAACGAUGACGAUGAAGACUCUGAGUCUGAACAUGAACUGGAUCGAAUUCAAACAGAACAACCAGUGAGACCUCCUCCUGUGGAGGAAAUGGAGACUCAAAUUCCACAAGCCCCAUCCGAGGCGAAUGAAAUCAGAGAUGCUCGUGAGCAGGUUAACGAUGAACCUGCCAGCGAGAGAAUGCCUUCUGCUGAAAAGCCGAGAAAUAUGGAGAGAAAGAGACCAGAGAAGCUAACCAUCGACGGUGGUGGUGAUGACUCACCAAGAGACACCAACUGUUCCAGAGACUCUGCCCCUGGAAGGCGGGACGAAGCUCCUCCUGUCUUGUUCCGAUCAAUCAAGAAUCGAUACAAUCCAAGGUCUCCAUCGGCAAACUCACCAAGACCUUCUCCAAGAGUACUAUCACCAGUGUCUUCUCCAAGAUCUCCAUCUCACCUGCGAGUGGACUCGGCAGAAUUCAAUACCAUUGAAGACUACCAAAAGAAGGUUUUGGCAUCCCGCGACAAGCGAUCGGGUCGCAAGUUUGAGAGAAUUCAAGCUAUUAGAGCCAAAUCGUCAAUGACCAGGGCUGAUCUAUAA